GCUUAUCUCAACAUGGCUAUAUACAUGCCAGAUCCUGCUCUAGCUGCUGCUUGUUUUCGCGUUUUCAUACAUCGGCUCGCGUGCGGUCCGCUUGGCGGCUGUUGCUUCUUUUCCACGACUUCUCGAUUCAAAAGCUGGGGUCCCCGAACUUUGUAUAAGGAAGAGAAGGAAGCUCCUUUAGGUGUGGAGGAGCGUGGCUACCUGACUUUGAACAAGUUCUUUUUAUCUUCGGUAAAGCGAGUUCCCACGCGUCCACCAUGAGCGGACGAGAGAGCCCCGAUCCCACCAGGGAGAAGGUGAUGGCCAAGGAGGAGGGACCAGACGUCGCUGUUGGAGAAGUCAGGAUCAACGCGUCGGGCCAUAAAGACCAGCUGCAGCGCCAGUACAGGUUAAUAGCCCUCUGCGCCCUCGCAUUGAACAUCGAUAAUGCCUGGAUUGCCCUGGGUGGCUCCGUGACUAUAGCCAUCGCAAAUGGUGGCCCUCCCGGCGUCCUCUAUGAGCUCAUUGUAGCUUGCUCUUACUACGCAGUAAUCGGAGCAUGCAUCGCAGAGCUGGCAUCUGCGAUCCCAAGCUCGGGAGGUGUCUACCAUUAUGCCUCCAUAACUCCCGGUCUCAAAUACGGCCGUGUGCUCGGCUUCUUCGCAGGCAGCAUCAAUUUCUUCGGAUGGCUUUUCGAUUUCGCCUCCAUCACGCAGAUCUGCUCCAACGUCGCGGUCCAGCUCUACGCCAUCUUCCAUCCCGACCUCGUCAUCGAAGCUUGGCACGUCUAUAUCGCCUACAUCCUCAUCACGAUCCUUGUGACACUCACUUGUGUCUUCGCCAACCGCUUGAUUCCGAUGCUCCAGGAUGCGGGCAUGGUGCUAGUUAUCGUCGGCGGGCUGGUGACGAUCAUUGUGCUUGCCGCGAUGCCGGACAGACACGCAAGCAGCUCGUUUGUGUGGAAGGAUUUCGUGAACAUCACAGGGUGGGGUGAUGGGGUAGCGUUCCUUACAGGCGUGCUGAAUGGAGCGUUUACAAUAGGUACCGUCGAUGCAAUCACGCAUUUGGCGGAAGAGCUUCCAGAGCCAGAGCGCGACCUGCCCAAGGGAGUGUUCGCGCAAGUCGGACUUGGCUUUUUGAGCGCUUUCUUCUUCGGCAUCGCAAUGUUCUACUCCAUCUCAGAUUUAGACGCCGUCAUCAACAGCAACGGUUCCUUCCCACUCGCCGCCAUCUACGCCCAAGCGACCGGCACCAAGGGAGGAACAUUCUGCCUUCUUUUCAUCGUCCUGCUUUCCCUCCUCAUCUGCCUUGUCGGAACUCUCCUUACUUGCGGACGUAUCUGGUGGACUCUUGCCCGCGACCACGCCACUCCCUUCCCCAAGCUCUUCUCCAGCGUCAACGAAGACCUCAGCUGCCCGAUCCCCGCCACGCUUCUUUGCGCCAUCAUAUCGAUUGGCCUUGGUGCCAUUCCUCUCGGUAGCAAGACGGCGUUCACGGAUCUCGCUGGCUCUUUCAUUAUCCUUACUUCAGUAUCCUAUGCCCUCGCAAUCGCGCCGAAUCUCCUCACCGGCCGCAAGAACGUACCUAGAGGCCCUUUCCAUAUGGGCUCAGCAGGCUUCUUCGUCAAUGCCGCUGCUGUUCUACUCAUCGUUUUCUUCGAUAUCAUGUACUGUUUCCCAUUCGGACUCCCCACAACCACUCAAGCCAUGAACUACAACAGCGUUAUCCUCGUCGGCGUCGUCGCACUUACCGCUAUCUGGUGGUUUAUCCGUGGUGGGAAGCGGUACGAAGCGCCGACUGUGAUGCACAAGUAUUUGGCGGGUAAGAUGUGAGGAGAGAUGAUCCGUUAUUUUGUCAAUAAGAGUAUUGGAAUACCCAGAUUGGACGGGAAGAUUUUAAGCAUUGCCGAAGCUCAUAGCUAGAGAAUUCCAAGCAUUUGCAUAGUAGC